GAUGCUCCUCGAUGCUCCUCGCCGCAGGAAAAAAAUGCACAGGUCCGAGCGAUGCCAAGAGGUUGGGCCGCCGAGGUCUGCCCUGGUGCCCGACGGGUGCUGCGGGCCUGCGUGGGGCGGGGCUCGCCCCGUCGGGAUCCACGGCAGAAAGGGGGUGCGUCGUCAUCGUGGAAGCGGUGCCCCUUCCCGAGAGGUGGAGGCCCAUGGCCGAUAGCCACACACCGCACGCUGAAUACUCCAGAUUUCAGCGCGAGCCCCCCCCGCCGCCCCCGCAGACCGGCGGGAACGAGCGGCCCCCCUGGGGAUGCGUGGGCGGCAGGUCGGCGGACAAGCAAUCAAGCAAGCAAAUCCUUGCGGGAAAUUCCCCGCGCGAGGGGCAGGACCUCAGAUGAUGCGCAUUCCGUGCGCUCUGCGACGGAUGAGCUUGUACCCUGGGUGCGUGCCGCCCACUGCGUGGAGCAGCCCAUCGGGUAGAGCGCACGUCCACGGCCUGCAUGAGCAUGAAGGAGGCGGGCCCGAAGGGUCGAGGGGCGGAAAGAAUGAGGCUCGAUGGUGCGUUCGGGCGUUGUCCUGGCUGUCUGCGCCUCCUGGAGCGCCCCCGUCGCCACGGCUGGACUGCCCUUCGAAGUCCUGGCCGGAACGCACCCCUGGAGAGGUACAGGGGCAUACUUGUGAGGAUGGCCGUGGAGCAGAACGUGCCCCCCCAAGAGGGUCCUCC